CGCUAUAUAAACACGACGACGCGCGACGAUAACAGCGAAACUUAUGUCAGUUUGAAAGUUUUAUUCAACAACAUGGGUAAAUUGAGUGUUUCUGAAGUGAAUUCUAUGAGGGAUGAACAGUUCGAGUGGGUGUUCAGGAAUGUGAUCGAGCUGCGGCCGGCGGCGGCGGCUUGCGUCCGGGAACAGCGUCCGUUCACAGACGCCUCUGACCUCUGUGCCGCGUUCCACAAAUAUUUGGACGAGCUCAGCGUUGAAUGCAAGUUGCAGGUGUUGAAAUCUCAUCCCGACUUAGCUGGUCGCUUAGCAGCGGAAGGAGAACUCACGCAAGAGUCUACUGAAGAACAACGCAAAGCUGGACUAAACGAAUUAACCGUUGAACAGAAAGCUGUAAUGGAUUCAAGAAAUGAAAGAUAUAAAAAGAAGUUUGGUUUCCCAUUUAUUAUUUGCGCAAGAGAAAAUAAAAUUCAGUCCAUUAUUGAAGGCUUAAAUACUCGAUACAAUAAUAUACUGGAGCAGGAAAUUCAAAUUGGCAUUCAUGAAGUGAAAAAAAUAUGUAAGCUUCGAAUACUUGAUAUUGUAAGUUGAGAUCAAAAAUUGAUAACAAAAUAUUAAAUACAUAUUGUCAUUGAAGUUGUAAACAUGAAAAUGAAAUAAAAAUUACAAUUUA